UUAUUAACUUUAGUCCGUUGACAAUUUGAUAUUUUCCGUAUACUAUAAUCAUGAGUACAGAGGAGAGUGCCAGUGGUAGCUAUUUCGGAGUAACAGAACAAGAAUUGGAAUUAGCACGAAGUGCCAAAGAAGCCUUUGACAAUCAUAGAUAUGAGAAUUGUCUCUCAGUUUUAAAGAAACUGGUUGAGUUACGUCGGGAAGAUGCUCGCGUCACUCACAAUAAAGCCGUUGCUCAAUACUUGCUCUCAAACUUAACUAAAACUGACGAGUUUAGGAGGACACUGGAGUCGGUGGAGGCUCAGUUUGAACACGAUGCAAAAGGAGGAGGGAGUGAGAGUGUGUCCCCAAUAAGUGUUACCGAGAAAGGUGUACUGCUCUUCAAUAAGGCACUCAUUCAUCAGAGGUUACAUCAGAACUCCAAAGCAAGAGUGAUAUUAGAGCAAUUAUUUAGUGUCUUUGAAGCAUUACCUAAGCAUUUAGGCGUUCAGGUCUGUCUUUUAUUAACGGAGGUGUAUGUGAGUACUUACGAACUAUCAAGAGCUUCGGAUAACAUUGAAAUACUUGAGAGAAGACUCUUUGGUGGGUCCCUUAAUAACGGAGGAGGACGUGGAGAUAAAGAAGGGGAUGGGCGUGGCUCUAAUGACAUGGACAAGCACAAGGCUCAACUCUAUCAGUUUCGUGCGAGGCUCAACCUACUUCACAAAAACAUUAAACAGUGCAAGAAAGAAGUGAAGAGCCUUACGGCAAUAACUGGACCAACUGCAUGUGGUCAGUUUCUUAAAGCUAAUGUUGAGUUUCUCCGAGGCAACUACAUGAAAGCCUUCAAGGUCCUAAGCUCCGCCCCAAAGAACCCGAUAGUCACUGAUGCUGGGGAGUGUCUCAGCUCAUUCCUCUUCAAUGAUAUCGGCUGCAUUCACUUUGAAUUAGGAAAGUACAACCUCUCUGCUCAUUAUUUCAAGAAAGCAAUAGAAGAGAACGAUGCUGCUCUUAACGGCUAUCCGCCACUCGAUCGCUCCACGCCUCUUUCUGGUCGCCCACUCUCAAUGUUGGGCGUUAACUGUCGUCACGUCUUGUUGUAUAAUCUUGGCUUGCAGCAGCUGUAUGGUGGUCACCCCUGGGGUGCAUUUGAAUCACUGCUGGAAGUUGUUCAAGUGUUUCACGGGAACCCUCGUCUAUGGCUAAGACUCGCCGAGGCUUGUAUUGCCGCCCACGCAAAAAGUCAGGAGGAGCAGGUCCAUCAGAUGAGGAACAAGAGCAGUACGGUACAAGUUGUUUUGGGUAGCGGUCCUCAUCGUAAGCUGAUAAUAACUCCAAUGCAGUGGCCUGCUAAGAAGAGCCCGGAUAUUCAGUCAAACAGUGCUGCUAUGCCAGGGCCCACAUUAGAAUUUGCUUCAAUUUGUUUGCAAAAUGCUCUGUUCCUCCUUCCUUCCCUACCUCAGUCAAACGGUGAUGAACCGGAAGAUGAAAGGAUCCUACCCACUGUCAACGCAUUGCCAGGGCCACCAAUCAAAGGACAGAGUAUACUAGAUUUGAAGAGCUGUAUAUUAUCUUGUAAGGCAUAUGUGAGUCUUGGAUUAGGUGAUCCAAUAGUUGCACUAGGAGCUGCUAAACAAUUACUGGAUACUCCUAGACUCCCCGGGGGACUCAGGUAUGUGGCUAAACUGUACCUUGCAGAGAGCUACAUUCAAAUGGGUUCCAUACAAGAAGCACUUCAGCACUUGACGCCAGAUAUAGUCACAGACUUGGAGAUAUCAAGAGUACCUCUUGUUAAUCCUGAAGUUGAGAGGGUUGAGCCUCCAGCCCCACGGCCGACAUCCUCUGGUGUCACUGGUUUCCCUGGUAGCAUAUCUGACGCCAAGGCAACCCUCCUACUCAACCUAUCCUCUGUCUACUGCAUGCAAAAGGAUUAUGAAUUGGCCAAGAAGGCUCUGUAUCAAGCCAUUUCAAUACUUGGUCCUGUGAAGUUGCCUCGACAGGCUAUUCUGCUAUCAGCUUAUGUAGAGAUAAUGACAGGUAACAUGUCAAAGGCCAUACAAGUAAUAAAGACUCACAGACCUCUGGUCCCAACUCGUUCAUUAUGAGAGAAUGAUUGAGUCUCACUGUUAUUAUAGUUUUAUUGAUAAUCAAUGCAGAACUAUUUCGCUUUUGACUGUUAUGAAAAUACUCAUAAAACUCAGUAA